GGCUGGUACAACCAUUCAGAAAAAGGAAAAUAAAGCAACGCACGAGCCCGCCGGGCCAGCACGGUGGGCUGGGCUGGAGUGACGGUAGCUACGAGCUCUAGCCCUCAUGCUGGGAUGGCAGAAGAUAAACCUGAUGCUAAGAGCCCCAAGACUGGGGCAAGGGCCCCCCAAGGUGGUGCUGAGGCUGGUGAACCUACCACCCUUCUUCAAAGGCUCCGAGGUACCAUUUCCACUCAAAGGAAUGGCAAAACCUUAUGACCUCCAGCUUUCUCUUCUUCUCCACAGCAAGGCCGUGCAGAACAAAGUAGAGGGGAUUCUGCAAGAAGUACAGAAAUUCUCAGACAACGACAAGCUGUAUCUCUAUCUUCAGCUCCCUUCAGGGCCCAGCAUUGGGGACAAAAGCUCAGAGCCAAGUAUACUCAGCAAUGAGGAAUACAUGUAUGCCUACAGGUGGAUCCGCAACCACCUAGAAGAGCACAUGGACACCUGUCUACCAAAGCAGAGUGUUUAUGAUGCCUAUCGGAAGUACUGUGAGAGUCUUGCCUGUUGCCGCCCACUCAGCACAGCCAACUUUGGUAAAAUCAUCAGAGAGAUCUUCCCUGACAUCAAGGCUCGAAGACUUGGUGGUCGGGGCCAAUCCAAAUAUUGCUACAGUGGCAUACGAAGGAAGACCUUGGUAUCUAUGCCACCCUUACCUGGACUUGACCUAAAAGGUUCUGAAAGCCCAGAAAUGGGCCCAGAAGUAACCCCAGCACCUCGGGAUGAACUGGUAGAGGCAGCCUGUGCGCUGACUUGUGACUGGGCAGAGCGAAUCCUGAAACGGUCCUUCAGUUCCAUUGUUCAAGUUGCCCGCUACCUGCUACAGCAGCAUCUCAUCUCUGCCCGAUCUGCACAUGCUCAUGUGCUUAAGGCCGGGGGACUUGCCGAAGAGGACGAACAUGCCCCCCGGGAACGGUCAUCAUGUAAAUCCAAGAAUGGUAUAGAGAACCUGGAAGGUGGAAGCCAUAAGAAGCCAGAGAGACCAGCCCAACCUCCUAAGGAGCUAGAAGCCCGAGCUGGGACUGACCCUCCAAUGCGUGGAGAACGGAAGAAGAGUGUAAUUGAGAGCUCAGCUCCAGCAGCCAGUAAGCCACAGGUUAAUGCCCUUGUGGCCCGGCUGCCUCUUCUCCUUCCCCGGGCACCUCGCUCACUUAUUCCUCCAAUCCAAGUCUCUUCACCCAUCCUAGCCCCUAAACUUUCUUCAGGCACUCUGAAAGUGGCUACAUUGCCUCUGCCCACUAGGGUUGGGGGACCACAAGCAGCUGUGCCCAUCAUUAACAUGUUCUUACCAUCUGUUCCUGCUUUGCCUGGGCCUGGGCCUGGAUCUGGGCCUGGGCCUGGGCCUGGGCCUGGGCCUGGGCAAGCUCUACCUAGGGCACUCAUUCUGCCCCGGGGCACAGAGAACAGGGAGUUAGGCAUUAGUGGUGACCCACGACCCCAUGACAAGGGUAUAAAGAGGACAGCUGAAGUGCCUGUGAGUGAAGCCAGUGGGCAGGACCUGCCAGUUAAAGAAGCAAAGCAAGAUACAGAAGAUACAGUAAGUGAUGCCAAAAGAAAACGAGGGCGCCCUCGAAAAAAGUCAGGUGGAAAUGGGGAAAGAAAUGCUACACCUGAGAAAUCAGCAACUGCUGUGGACUCUGCCCGGUCCUCAAGGUUACUCUGGGAGUCAUGGGGCUCAGGAAGGGAAAAUAGCUUAGCUGGGGGAUCACAAAGGCCAGGGACAGUGGGCGAGGCUGAGCAGAGGACAGUGCUUGCCCAAGGUCAGGAAGAUCGUGCUGUUUCCAAAGGAGGAAGGGGCCUGAGUUCCCAGCAAGCCAAAGAAGCAGAAGAUAAAAUUCCACUUGUCACCUCCAAAGUGAGUGUUAUCAAGGGCAGAAUUCAAAAGGAGGCUCUUCAGUUGGUAAAGGGAGAGGUAGACACGGCAACACAGGGUAACAAAAGUUUAAAGAGUCAUGCACUUCAAAGUUCUUUAGCCUAUGAGCGUAAAGACCCCAAAGCAACACCCCCAUAAGUCUGUGCGGAAGAGUGGCUAUGUUCAUGUGGACUC